UAUAUUUAAUUAGAUUUAUAUGAAAAUGUAAAAUCGAUAAUAACAUAACUUAGAAAAACUGUGCAAAUCCAAUAAGAAAAUUGUGUGGGUCUUUUUCUAUAUUCGAAUGUCCCAAACUGAGUUUGUCUUCUUCACUUGACUUGACUUGAUUUACUUAUUACGUGGUAUAUACAUAUGAGUCUUAAGCCAUACACAUAUCAUCCGAUGAUGGCAUGAUGGUUGUUUUUUUCACGACCUAGACUUGGCCUAUCAUAAACAAUAGCGAUCACUUACAUGUGCCACAAAAACUUUGACUUUUCUAGAUAUACGAAUACAAUCAUAUAUAUCUUGUUGAAUUCUUAUAACCAUGGAGGUAUUUGCAUUGAACUCACACUCCCAAAUUUCUAUGGAGUUUAAUUUAUCUUCUUCUCUUUUUUUUUUUUUAAAUUGUUAUUUGCAAUGGAAGGGAAGCGUUUCUUAGGCCAAUACUUGAUAUGGGUGAUAUUAUUGUUGGGGCAGCUCCAUGAAUGCAAAAGCUGCAUUGAGAAAGAAAGAAUAGCUUUGUUGGAUUUGAAGAAAUAUUGGAUGUCAAUGACACAAGAAUCGGAAUUGGACUAUGUUUUCCCCACUUGGAAUAAUGACACAAAGAGCGAUUGUUGCAUAUGGGAGGGCAUUGUGUGCAAUCGUACAAGCGGACGGCUUAUCAAACUUUAUAUUGGUUCUUUGGAUUUAAAAGAGAAUUGUCUCCUAAAUAUUUCUUUAUUGCAUCCCUUUGAAGAGGUUCGAAGUCUGGAAUUAUCAGCAGGGCUCAAUGGCUUCGUUGAUAAUAUUGAAGGUUAUAAAAGUUUAAGGAAAUUAAGAAACCUGGAGAUUAUGGAUCUCUCUUAUAAUAGAUUCAACAACAACAUACUUCCAUUUCUUAAUGCUGCUACGUCGCUUACAAGUCUUUCUCUUGAGAAUAACGACAUGGAAGGCCCUUUCCCUUUUGAAGAAAUAAAAGACUUGACAAACUUGCAACAGUUGGAUCUUAGUAGAAACAGACUAGACGGCCCCAUGCAAGGGUUGACUCAUCUGAAAAACCUAAAAGCUUUGGAUCUAAGUAGCAAUGUUUUUUCUAGCAUAAUGGAAUUGCAAGAAAUGUCUCCAGAAUUAUCGCGACAAAUACAAUUAGUCUUAUUAUUCUCACUAUCUUGUUGUUUUCCAAACUAUCUUUUUGCAGUAGUUUGUGAAUUGAAGAAUUUGUGGGAGCUCGAUCUACGUGAAAACUAUUUUGUAGGUCAGCUUCCUCUUUGUUUAGGAAGAUUAAACAAGCUAAGGGUUCUUGACUUCUCAUCCAACCAGCUAAAUGGAAAUCUACCAUCUAGUUUCAACAGCCUUGAGUCCCUUGAAUAUCUAUCAUUAUUAAAUAACAAUUUCACAAGCUUAUUCUCAUUCGAUCCACUCGCCAACCUCACAAAGCUUAAGGUGUUCAAACUUUCAUCAACAUCAGAUAUGUUACAAAUCAAGACAGAGAGUAAUUGGGGGCCAAAAUUUCAAUUUCAACUAAGUGUUGUUGUACUAAGAGUUUGCAGCUUGGAGAAAAUCCCUUCCUUUCUCGAGCACCAGAAGAACUUGCGUCUAAUUGAUCUAUCCAAUAAUAGAUUAUCUGGAAAAUUUCCUACGUGGAUGUUGGCGAAUAAUCCGGAGCUUAAAGUAUUACAGUUGCAGAAUAAUUUAUUUACCAUCUUCCAAAUGCCUACAAUAGUGCAUAAUUUGCAGUUCUUGGAUUUUUCAGUGAAUGAUAUUAGUGGACUGCUCCCUGAUAAUAUCGGUCAUGCGCUUCCGAAUCUGGUACGAAUGAACGGCUCAAAUAAUGGGUUUCAAGGUCAUUUACCAUCUUCAAUGGGUGAGAUGGUAAAUAUUACAUUCUUGGAUCUAUCUUAUAAUAACUUCUCUGGGAACUUACCUAGAAGCUUUGUCAUGGGUUGUUUUUCACUAAAACACUUAAAGCUUUCUCACAACAAAUUUAGUGGCCAUUUUCUUCCAAGAGAAACAAGCUUCACUUCCAUGGAAGAAUUGAGAAUGGAUAGCAACUUAUUUACUGGGAAGAUCGGAGUUGGUUUGCUUAGCUCCAACACUACGUUGUCAAUUCUUGACAUGUCCAACAAUUUUCUCACGGGUAAUAUCCCAAGUUGGAUGGCUAACUUAUCUUCUUUAAAUAUGUUCUCGAUAUCAAACAAUUUCUUAGAAGGUACAAUACCACCAUCUUUGUUGGCCAUUAGCUUUCUUUCGCUUAUUGACCUAUCUGGAAACAUCUUAUCUGGAGCCUUACCGUCACAUGUUGGUGGGGAGUUUGGGAUAAAAUUGUUCCUACAUGACAACAACCUCACAGGGCCGAUUCCAGACACGCUGUUGGAAAAAGUCCAAAUACUUGAUCUACGAUACAAUAAACUUUCUGGGAGUAUUCCGCAAUUUGUCAAUACCGAGAGCAUAUUUAUUCUUUUAUUGAGGGGAAAUAAUUUAACAGGACCUAUCUCAAGUACACUUUGUCAUUUGAGAAAAAUCAGACUUUUAGAUCUUUCAGAUAACAAGCUCAAUGGCUUCAUACCUUCAUGCUUGUAUAAUUUAUCAUUUGGACGAGAAGAUACAAAUUUCAUGAUAGGUCCAGCCAUAUCGAAGAUUACUCCGUUCAAAUUUUAUGAAUCCACAUUUGUGGUAGAGGAGUUCGUGGUAAUGUCUUCUACUUUGCAAGGAAUUGAAAUCAAAUUUUCAACAAAGCGAAGGUAUGAUUCUUAUUUUGGAGCAACUGAGUUCAACAAUUACGUACUUGAUUUUAUGUAUGGAAUGGAUCUGUCAAGCAAUGAAUUAAGUGGGGUUAUCCCAGCAGAGCUUGGAGAUCUCUCAAAACUACGAGUCAUGAAUUUAUCUCGCAACUUCUUGUCGAGUUCUAUACCAUCCAACUUCUCCAAUCUGAAAGAUAUUGAGAGCCUUGACCUUUCGCAUAACAAGUUACAAGGAAGAAUUCCUCACGAGCUAACCAACCUUUCUUCUCUUGUUGUUUUUGAUGUGUCUUACAAUAAUUUAUCUGGAAUCAUUCCCCAAGGCAGGCAAUUUAAUACCUUUGACGAGAAUAGCUACUCGGGAAAUUCUCUUCUAUGUGGACCACCGACCAAUAGAAGUUGUGAGGCUAAGAAGAGCUCAGAGGAAUCAGAAAAUGGAGGAGGAGAAGAAGAUGUUGAUGAAGCUCCUAUUGACAUGUUGGCCUUCUAUUUUAGUACUGCUUCAACUUAUGUAACCGUAUUGAUAGGCAUUAUGAUACUUAUGAGCUUUGAUUGUCCUUUGCGUCGAGCAUGGCUUCGCAUUGUCGAUGAUUCCAUCGCCUCAGUCAAAGGUAUGUUGCCUUAAAGUCAUCUCACUUCAGUUUUUACCAUUGUGCUUCUAUGACUAUAUAUGUGCUUUGGAUUUUACCUUACAUGGUUAUUAAUAAUAUGUGCUUUGGAUUUUACCUUAUAUGGUAAUGAGUUGAAGUUGUGAAAUAG